AUAGAACUGUUGAUAAUCUGUUUAUAUCUUCCCUUUUGAAAUACUUCAUAGAUAGAAUCAUGGUUAUUCCACACCCAAUAUGGCCAUGUUUAGGUGAGGAGGACAUGGCAUGUGCUUUUGAUCUGAUUUUUGCUUUGGUUUGCAACUUGCACCUCAAGCUUAUCACCUCGAACGCAAUAUAAGAUUUCAACCAUAAUUAAUAUACGUCAUGCCCUUCACUUAUUUUCCAUUUGUAUUCCAAAAUCCAUAAACUUAAAAUUUAUCCUGAAUUUUUCAUUGAGAGAACAAUGCCCCAUGUAUACAUUACCCUUUCGAGUUUUGAGUAACAAAACAGGCCCUUAGUAAUACGAACUUUGGUCAUUAAACAUGCACUGAUACUACAGCUGCUCAGACUUCUCGUUGUCAUAUCUUUCUAUAGCAAUUCACUUGGGCGGUUGUUUCCUCUCUCUCUCUCUCUCUCUCUCUCUCUCAUAUCAAGGUCCCUCUUGCUGUGUCUGAUACCACCGUGGUGAAGGAAAUGAGGUCUGAUUCCAACCCAUUUUCCUUCACUAAACACAAUCAUGUCUUAGUAAAGUUUGCAGUCUCACUUCUUCUGAUCGGUCUUGCUUUUCGUCUGUUAGUCUCUGAUUCAAUCAGAUUCUCAUCAGUUGGAGAGACACCAGCCAUUGAACAGACCACUAAAACUGAGUCUCCAGAGGCUAAUGCUGUUCCUCUUGAAGAUGAAGAGCCGGGUUCUCUUGAUUUUGCGCUCAAUGACAGCCAAACUCCAUUUUCUAAUGAUUCUACGGCUAAUAGAACUCAAAUUUCAGAGACUGGAGAAUGUGACUUAUUUACUGGAGAUUGGAUACCAGAUCCUUCAGGUCCAUUUUACACUGAUCGGAGUUGCCUGGCAAUCGAAGGUCAUCAAAACUGCAUGAAAAAUGGAAGGCCUGAUUCAGGGUACCUAUACUGGAGGUGGAACCCAUUGGGAUGUGAUCUACCCAGGUUCAAUCCAAAGAAAUUUCUUGAUUUGAUGAGGAACAAAUCGUGGGCUUUUAUUGGUGAUUCCAUUUCUCGUAACCAUGUGCAGUCGUUACUUUGCAUUCUCUCUCAGGUGGAACACGCUGAUGAGGUGUAUCACGACGAGGAAUAUAGAUCCAAAAUAUGGCACUUUCCAGCUCACAACUUCACCCUUUCAGUCAUUUGGACCCCAUUCCUCAUCAAGGCAAAUAUAUUUGAAGACAUCAAUGGGGUUUCAUCUUCAGAAAUCCAGCUUUAUUUAGAUGUACUUGAUAAUAAAUGGACUGAUCAAUACAGGAAUUUUGAUUAUGCUGUAAUUGCUGGUGGCAAAUGGUUCCUCAAAACUGCAAUAUAUCACGAGAAUGACACUGUUAAAGGAUGCCAUCACUGCACUGGAAAGAACUUGACAGAGCUUGGAUUUGACUAUGCAUAUCGAAAAGCACUACGGUUGAUCUUCGACUUCAUUGCACGAUCUGAUCACAGAGCUUUUAUUUUCUUUAGAACAACUACCCCCGACCACUUUGAGAAUGGGGAAUGGUCUAGUGGAGGCACUUGCAAUAGAACAGUACCCUUCAAAGAAGGUGAGAUUGAUAUGAGAGAUGUGGACACAACAAUGCGAAACAUCGAAUUGGAAGAGUUUGAGAAGGCUGCUGGAUUAGAAUCCGAAAAGGGGGUAAUUUUGAAACUACUUGAUACAACUCAGCUCUCAUUGUUGCGGCCGGAUGGGCAUCCUGGACUAUACAGGCAGUUUCAGCCAUUUGCAAAGGAUAAGACUGCUCAGGUUCAGAAUGAUUGCUUACAUUGGUGCUUGCCAGGGCCGAUAGACUCUUGGAAUGAUUUAGUGAUGGAAAUUUUAGUCAAUAACAGACAGCAUCGAUGAUAGAUAAUUUCAUUUGUCCUGGUUUACUUAAUGGAUUUGAGAAGCUUGCCUGAAUAAGAUUGCCACCAUUGGUAUUUUGAAGCCAGUGAAGGGAGAGAAUGCAAUUACUUGGAACCAUAUUAUUUCACUAUACUUGCUGUUCAUACA